UUCAAAUCUGUUAUCAUAUAAUAACAUAAAUAUUCUUAUUGAAACCAUGAAAAAUAUGGUUAUAAAAAAAAUUCAAAAGGAGAUUGAAUUCAACAGGUGCUAUUCAAUUAUAGUUGAUGGCACAUAUGAUGUAUCGAAAUCAGAAGCAAUAGCUUUGAUAGUGAGAUAUGUUGAAAAUAGCGAGACACCUAAGCCCGUUGAAAGGCUGAUAGACAUUUAUUGUACGGGAAAUACAACGGGCCUCGAUAUUAAAGAGAAUAUAAUAUCCAAGCCUGGCUCCAUGAAUCUACCCCUCGAAUUCCUAGUGGGGCAAAGCUAUGAUGGCGCCUCAAACAUGAGUGGAAGAAUUAAUGGAGUGCAGGCUUUGAUUAGAGCGGAGGCGCCAAAGGCAGCUUUUAUUUGGUGCUAUUGUCAUCGAUUAAAUUUAAUAGUUGUUCAAUUAUGCCAAUCAGUAAAAGAGCUGCCAAAUGUCUUGGGAAUAUUAGACGAAAUUUACGUAUAUUUUAAUGGUGUUAAAAGAUAUGAAGUGCUCAAAACAUGUCAGAGUGAUUUACUGACAAAAUCACAUAGAUUUUUACGCAUCAAGAAUACCACUCGAAGCUGGCUAACAUCAUAUAAGGCGAUUGUAAAUUUUUUCCUACUUUAUGAUGCUUUGAGGGCAGCUUUGGCAAAUUUAAAGGAUUCUGAAGAUCCUGCCACUUCCACUAUGGCUAGUGCUAUAGUCUAUAGAAUAGAAAAAUUUGAUUUUAUUUUAUCACUAUGUGUUUUGGAUAAAAUAUUGUUGAUAACUAGCUUGGCUUGUACAAAAUUGCAAACCAUUUCGAAGGAUAUAGGGUUUGCAAUAAAUCAAAUUCAAUUGGCAAAAGAUUGCCUGAUUAAUAUGAGAAAUAAUAACACUGAAUUUUUGGAUGUCUUUUCAAAGGCCCAAGAUUUUAUGAAGAAGAGAAAUUUACCUUUUGAUUUUGAAAGUUCAAGACUUCAAACAUUACAAUCCAAAAAGGAGAGCUUUAAAAUCAGUGUGUUUUAUGCUGCACUUGAUUUAAUUAUUAUGCAGUUUAGUGAAAGAUUUAACGAUGAAUCGAUAAAAUUUUUGAGUCAAACAUCAUUUUUUACCCCAAAGGGAAUGGCGGAAAAGGCAAUUGUUAAAGAUGAUAUCAAGGAUAUCUGUGAAUUUUAUCAAUUAAAUACAAGUCAAGUUUUUGAGGAAAUGUUGAUGUUUAGAAAUAUUUAUAAAAUGGCUAAAACGGGGGACGUAAUUAUUACUCGUGACCUAGAGGUUAAAGAAGAUUUGUCAGAUUCUGAGAAUUCUUCUUCUGAUGAUGAUAAUAAUUUUGAGAUGAAUGAUUAAGACUGGAGAAACUAUUCAUUUAUUUUACCUUAUCGUCUGCUUAUAAAUUUUUCUGCUUUCCCAAAUUUAACAAUUUUAUAUAAAUAUUUAUUAACUAUUCUUACUACAUCAUGUACUGCCGAAAGGGUCAUGAGUAAAAUUAAACUAAUUAAAACAAGACUUCGUAGUGUCAUGAAAGAUCCAUUUCUUAAUAAUUUAACCAUUUUAUCAAUGGAAAAUAAUUUAUUUAAACAAUUAAAUAUUGAUGAAAUUAUAAAUUCUUUUGCUUUCUCUUCCCCUAAUUUAUCUAAAUUAUUAAUUUAAAAAUAAUAUUUUUAAAGCAUAUA